AUGCAACCGACUUCCCUCAAGGCGACAUCUGCCGCGGCUCUUUUGACCUUGCUCACUCUAGGGUCAGCGCAAGCCAAGCAGUACUAUGUUGACUGCUCCCGACCCAGCGCGGGAGACGGAAGCCAGCACAAGCCAUGGAAUAGUCUGCAACAGGUCAAUUCGCCGACCUUUGCUCCCGGGGAUGUCAUUGCCUUCAAGGCCGGCACCGCCUGCACCGGAACAUUGUCACCUAAAGGGGUCGGCACGGCAGACUCGGUCAUUAGCAUCACCAAGUAUGCUUCUGGCGGUGUCGGGGACAACCUCGACCCCAUCAUCAACGGAACGGGGGCAACCGCCGCGGUCACCUUGACGAACCAAGACCACUGGCGGAUUUCCAACCUCACCGUGACAAAUCCGGCAGCAAGCCUUGCUGCGCGUCAGGGGAUUCAUGUCACGGCGAGCGAUGGCAAGACUCACACGGGCAUCACAAUCGAUUACAACACCGUCCACCACGUCGCAGGACAAACGAAUAAGCGCACGCACUCUGCAGACUUUAUUCUGUCGUGCGGAAUUCUAGUCGACACGUCAAAUACCGGCAGUCGCUAUGACAACGUACUAGUAAAGAAUAAUGACGUGUCGGACUGUGGCGGCGGCGGCAUCAAGGUGCGCGUCGGGGCCAUGGACAACCUCGGGCACAGGGCACACGUCACUCAAAACAAGAUUCACGCAUGCGGAGGCGACGGCAUCAUCAUCUCCUACAGCGACACGCCUCUGAUUGACCAUAAUGUCGCUUCUGACCUGGGCACCGGGGCUUAUCCUUGGACAGGAGGCAACUUUGCCGGCAUGUGGGUACUCGGCGACCAUAAUCCCACCAUCUCUCACAACGUCGUCUACGGGAGCAUCAUGUCAGACAUUGACAGCGAGGCCUUUGACUGCGACUGGGGCAACACGGGCAACUGCACAGUCGAGUAUAAUUACAGCCGCGACAACGCAGGCGGCGCCUUCUUGAACUGCGAUGGCUGUGGAACGUCUGGCGGCGCCGACCAGAUUGUUCGGUACAACAUCUUCGAAAACGACUGCCGAAUGUACAGCAAUGGCAACCGGCCCACGCUGUACUUCUACCAGAAUGUCAUGUACUGCGCCGACAAGAAGUUUGAAAUCGCGGUACCCCCAAACGCCCAGUUCACCAACAACAUCUUCGUAGGCAACGGCGAGUCGUCACUGCCAGCUCGAAGCGGCAUUAGCUGGAACUGGAACGUCUUUUACCAGGUCCAGCGCCCAACGCCAAACGGUAUCCAGGGGGACCCUGGAUUUGUAGAUCCGGGCAAGGGUGGAAAUGAUUUGGGCUCAGUCGGAGGCUAUAAGCUUGUGAAAUCAUCUCCAGCCCUGAAUAACGGUGCCAUCAUCCCAGGCAACGGCGGCAUUGACUUUUUUGGCAACCCCGUGUCUUCAACACAGAAGCCCAACAGAGGAGCAUAUAACGGGCCAGGGCUUUGA